GUGUUUAGUUCAGGAAGGCAUCCUUCACCCAGAGACUGCUGCUGCUGCUGCUUGGAUUCAUCACAACAAGAUGGCGUCAGGUCUGCUCUUCCUGCUGCUCCUCGGGAUCGGAGGAAAUAUUUAUUGUGAAGCACAAUCAGAUUGUCCUCUUGACUGGACUGAGUAUGACAACAAUUGUUACCAAUAUGAGGAUCAGGAAAAGACUUGGGCCGACGCUGAGGCAUUCUGCAAACAAGACGAAGGACAUCUGACCUCCAUCCAAAACACAGAUCAGUACAACUUCAUCAGGGAUCUGAUCGUCAAAGGAGCAGGAUUCAACCAAAAGUCUUGGGUUGGAGGCACCAAUAAAGUCACGGGCGGUCAGUGGAUGUGGACCGAUGGAACACCGUUUACCUUUACCAACUGGGGUCCAGGUGAACCCAACAACCAGGGAGGAAACGAGCACUGCAUGGACAUCAACCUGCGCGAGCAAGAUUAUGUCAACGACGAGGAAUGCACCCAAGAGCUCUCCUUUGUCUGUAUUAAACCACUGGGCACGAUGUCCCAUGUUUCUACCACAACAACCCAAAGCACAACCCAAAGCACAACAUAAAUAAAAAUGUCCUCCUGACUUUGUUUGAUGACUGAGUCUAAAUCUUCACUAGAGCUGGUCCCAGCAUGCCAACCUGCCAGAAUCAGUUUGUCUGUUUUCACGUGUUUUCAGCAUCGAUGCUACGUCUCCGAUAGUAUUUAGAAGGUAAUUCAUCACUUUUAGGCUUUCAUGUUAAUAAUGUUGAAAUUUUCAUCUUACCUCAUUUUAAAUCUAAAUGUUGAGUCUGCAAAGAAAAUAAAAGUUUUAGUUCAUCUCAUUGCUGAA